AAGAAAUAGUAAUAAUACUGAAUUUAUGGUAAGAGAAAGAUUUCCUCUGUCUCCAUUUUUAUACUUAGAAAAAGUUGCUAGUGAGUUAGGCCAAUAUAGUGUAUAACUUUUUAUUUUUUCACUAAGAAAAAAUUCUUCCCUCUUUCCUCUUUUGAGUUUCGUGUAAAAAUGGCUGGUAUGCUUCCUGGUGUUGAAUGUGCUAGAAGAAGGAGAUUUCAUCAAAGUAGUGGAUGUAUAGAUUCAUCUAUUACCUCUAGUUUUUCAUCCACAAGAAGGUCUUCUUUUUGUCUAUACACUAGUAACCAUGAACAUCCUCUCAAUUCAAGUUCAUCCAAGCAAAGGGUUGCAACAAGUCAAGCAUAUCAAGAUGAGAAACUAGGUGAAGCUGUUAGAGAAGCCAAACAAAGGUUAGAUGAGAGGCUUAGUGCAAGAUGGAAAUCACAAAAUAAGAGGAGUCUCAAUAAUAGACAACCACAAAACCAUAGCCAAGAGAUGGUGGAGAAUAGGCCAAAUUUGCAAGGAGAAGUAUUUUCAGGACUAAAGAAAAGUGGAUCAAAGAAGUUCAAUUGGGCAAAAUUGAUUUGGAAAUCUCAAGAACAAGAUGAAUGUGCAAUUUGCUUGGACCAAUUGAAGAUUAGUGAUACCUUAAUGCAAUUGACAUGUGCCCACAAGUUUCAUUCCAAGUGUUUGGUGCCAUGGCUAGAAUCCAAUGCACAUUGUCCAUGUUGUAGAAUGACAAUAAUUUUGACUAGUACUAGUGCAUAAUUAGGAAAAUGGAAGGAAGUUGCAUAUGUCUCUUUCUCCAACUUGUAGGUAUCCAAGAUUUCUGAAAUGUAAAAAAUAUAUAUAGAUACAAUAGGUGUCUUGUAAUUGAACCUAUUGACUAUAUGAUCUUUUAAGAAAACUUUAUGUAGUGUGAGCUAAUGGUAGAUUGGGAGAA